AUGUUUUGGGGGUGGAUGCUUUUGAGGGCGAGGAGAUUUAAUAGGCGACGCGGCACAAACCUGCGAUGGGAUAAGGCGGUGGUACCUGCUAUCCUUGUGCAUCCUUUGUAUAUCCUUGCUGUUGUGUUCCCAAGAUCAACGUUGCCAGUCAUGGUCGAGGUGCAUGACAAUGUAUGCAAGGCUGUUCAUGAGAGGAUAGUACCUAUGGAGCUUCCAUCGUCACUUUGUCAUCCAAAUCUUAUCAACCCGGCUCCCAUGAAUGUAGCUUUUUUGGAAAAGGAAAAACCAAGCCGAUCGUUCGGAGAACGAAGCGGGAUGUAUCUUUCCGAAAAGGAAGGGCAUCCAGAGGUUCCCGUUAUCACUGUGGGGAUUUGGAAAGUGAUGCCAAGACUCCAAAUGUUGAGAGCCAUGACAUCCGAGGUACCUGCGGAUUAUUGUGGGGAGCAUGAAUAUUGA